AUGAUUUUUACUGUAAGCGCAAAUACCAUUAUAAAAACAAAGUUAACAACAAAAUGGUUUUUUAACUAUCAUCAUUAUAAAUCAUUUAAAAAAAGAUAUUAUUCUUCAAAAAAAUCUUCAUCCGAGCCUGUUACACUAUCAUUUAGUAAAUAUGAUCCAUUAUCAAAUAAAUCAAUAAAUUUAAUUCCACCACUUUUGAUUCUUCAUGGAUUAUUUGGAUCAAAACAAAAUUGGAAAUCUUUAGCAAAAAUGUUUGCUCAGAGUUUAAAUACUAGUGUUUACGCCUUAGAUUUAAGAAACCAUGGAGAUAGUCCACAUUCAUCGAUUGUUAAUUAUGAAAUAAUGUCGGAUGAUGUAGCAAAAUUUAUCACUGAUCAUAAAUUAAACCAAGCUAUUAUAAUGGGACAUUCUAUGGGAGGCAAAGUUGCAAUGGCAAUGGCACUCAGACAAGUUCCACAAGUUGAAAGGCUUAUUGUUGUUGAUGCUUCACCUACUAAUGUUCGAAUAUCGGAUGAAUUUGCUUUUUAUAUCGAUACUAUGAAAAAAGUUGAAAAUGUUGGUGUGAUUAAACAAAGUAAAGCUGAUGAAAUCAUGCAAGACUACAUUUCCAAUCCAUCUAUUAGGCAUUUCUUAUUAACCAAUUUGAAAAAAGAUCCAGAUACCGGAUUAUAUAAAUUUCGUAUUCCUUUAAAUAUUUUGGAUGAUUCUUUGAUUUAUCCAACUAUUGAAACUUUUUUUCCUAAUUCAAUAAUUGCUGAAUUCAUGCUGAGAAACCUUUGGAGUUUGCAAAUAUCGUAA